GACAGCACAGAAACGGUCCACAACACAAACAACUAGGAUACCAUUUUCUCUCUCAUUCUUCCUCUCCUUUGGAAGACCAUGGUCAUGGCAGAAGGAAAGAUCUUUGUUGUUUCCAUGGUCAUUCUUACCCUUGUGGUAGUACAUGUUUGUGCUAUUGCCACUCCACACGAAGUGGAAAAACAAGCCGAAGGAGGAGGAGGAGGAGGAGGAGAAGAAGAAGAAGCUGACCGGAUACUGGCACUUCCGGGGCAACCAAAGGUCUCAUUCCAGCAGUUUUCAGGGUACGUGACCGUCAAUGAGCCAGCCGGUAGAGCUCUCUUUUACUGGCUCACUGAGUCAUUUCAAAAUCCCUUGUCCCAACCUUUGGUCGUUUGGCUUAAUGGAGGUCCAGGAUGUUCCUCUGUGGCAUAUGGUGCAUCUGAAGAAAUAGGCCCUUUCAGGAUAAACAAGGCUGGCUCAGGACUAUACCUCAACAAGUUCUCUUGGAACACCGUUGCUAACCUACUCUUUUUGGAAACCCCGGCGGGCGUCGGCUUCUCUUACAGCAACCGGUCGUCCGAUCUCCUCGACACCGGUGAUCUUCGCACUGCGGAGGACUCGCUACAAUUCCUAAUCCGAUGGAUGAACCGGUUCCCGCGUUAUAAGAGCCGGGAAGUCUAUCUGGCUGGCGAGAGCUACGCCGGCCAUUAUGUCCCUCAGCUGGCAAGAGCAAUUGUGGCCUACAAUGCCAAGUCCAAGCACCCAAUAAAUUUGAAAGGAUUUAUGGUUGGAAAUGCAGUGACAGACAACUACUACGACAACCUCGGAACAGUGACAUACUGGUGGAGCCAUGCCAUGAUCUCCGACAGAACAUACCAUCAACUCAUCAGCACUUGUGAUUUCACCCAGCAAAAGGAAUCGAACCAGUGUGAAACCACGUACAGUUAUGCCAUGGACCAAGAGUUCGGAAACAUCGAUCAGUACAACAUUUAUGCACCCCCUUGCAACAACUCAGAUGGAAGUACUUCUAGCACCCGUCACAAAAUCCAUUUGCCUCAUCGUCCCCAUCCGAUAUUCAGGCAGAUUUCGGGGUACGAUCCCUGCACAGAAAAAUAUGCAGAGGCUUACUACAACAGACCAGAUGUGCAGAAAGCUCUCCAUGCCAACACUACCAAAAUUCCUUAUAAAUGGACUGCAUGCAGCGAAGAAUUGAAUCGAAAUUGGAACGAUACCGAUGUGUCGAUCCUUCCAAUAUACCGGGAGUUGAUUGCUGCUGGUUUGAGGAUUUGGGUUUUCAGUGGUGAUAUCGACUCGGUAGUACCGGUCACCGCCACUAGGUAUUCCCUGGCACAGCUCAAGUUAUCUACCAAGGUUCCAUGGUACCCUUGGUAUGUUAAGAGACAGGUGGGAGGGUGGACAGAGGUAUAUGAAGGGCUGACAUUUGCAACAGUGAGAGGAGCAGGGCACGAGGUACCACUUUUCAAGCCAAGAGCAGCGCUUCAGUUGUUCAAUUCAUUUCUAAGAGGAGAGCCGCUUCCGAAGUCUUGAAUCAUAUCUGCAUUGUGAUCACGCUAGGGCUGUGUUUGGACCGUAGAUUUGCGGAGGGGUUUAUUGAGAAAAGAAGAAUGACGGCGAAACCAAAGAAUAAACUCGUCUUUUUUCAAUUAUCUUUUUCUUUUCCUCCAUAAAUAACUCUGUGAAUCCUCGAUCCAAACACAGCCUUGGUCUUUUUCUAUAUUGUGCGCUGGUUAGAUAGGUAAAGAAAGAACCUUCAUUAUUCGAAAUAUUUUCAAGAAAAAAGAAAUUGUUGGUUAGAGGGCAAGGGAUGGGAUUGGAAAGAAAGAAGUGGAAUUCAGUUUGGUGGGUAACUCUUAGGUGUUGGGUUGAAGCUAUGGUUGAGGAGAAAUCACCCAAAGGGUGAAGGGUGUUACUUCAUGUUAUUGACUGUUUAUGUUUGUUCAAGCCUCAUUUUCCUGGCCUAAUGGCUUUGGUAGCUUUUUACUGGAAAUCACGUUUUAGCCUCUGCAAUUCCAAUUUAAAAAAUUUGUA